UAGGUCCGGGUUGGAGGGUCACCGCAGGCGCCACCGCACGUGUUAUUUGACACUCUUGAGACCUCAAACAACCAUAUCCAUUCAUUAAAUCAACCGUGACUGUAAUUGUUUAACUCUGUUCGGCUGCUGAACCCACUUCAACCCGGGGAGGAAGUGAAUUAUUGGACCCGGGAGAGACGCACAAACUGGAAGUUGUUUCUUGUUGAACUAUUUCAGAUAAACACACUGAAGAUCUCAAACAUAACUUCUGAACUCAGCCUUUUUUUUUCUUCUUUUUUUUUGUGCGUAAAGCACACAGCUGUAGGCCGAUCCGUCUUUUACGCAACACUUUAGAGAAGCGCUGGAAGUUCCUCUGUGGAGUUUCAGGGUUUUAAACUGACGUGGUUGAGUGAGAAGCUUCUGCUCCAUGAGUUUACUGAGAAGAGUUGUUGAAUAUGAGCGAGAAACAAGCUUUGGGAGACACCAAACCGAGCGAGGACAACGGCAAAGCGGACUUUGAGAACCAUGUCCAUGUGGAGGCGGAGGACGCGGCGAAGCGCCCCGGAGAUGAGAGCCAGCAGGACGGUUACGAGGUGCUGCAACCCACCCGGCUGUACAAACGGCGCUGGAUGAUCGUCCUCCUGUUCACCGCCUAUUCGCUGUGCAACUCCUACCAGUGGAUCCAGUACGGCAUCAUCAGCAACAUCUUCAUGAAGUUCUACGGCGUGGAAGCCUUCACCAUAGACUGGAUGUCUAUGAUCUACAUGCUCACAUACAUUCCGUUCAUCCUCCCGGUGACCUGGCUGCUGGACAAGAAGGGGCUCCGGGUCAUCGCGCUCACCGGCACCGCGCUCAACUGCGCCGGGACGUGGAUCAAAGUGGUCAGCGUGAAGCCCAACCUGUUCGCCGUCACCUUCCUGGGACAGUUCUCCUGCUCGCUGGCGCAGGUGUUCAUCCUCGGGAUGCCCUCCAAGAUCGCGUCGGUGUGGUUCGGUUCGGAGGAGGUGUCCACCGCCUGCUCCAUCGGAGUGUUCGGGAAUCAGCUCGGUUGUGCCAUCGGGUUCCUCCUGCCUCCAAUCCUGGUGCCAAACGUGGACGACAUGGAUGAGCUGGCUCAUCACAUCAGGAUCAUGUUCUACAUAACAGCAGGCGUGGCCACAACACUCUUCAUCCUCGUUGUCUUUGUUUUCCAGGAGCGUCCUAAGCUGCCUCCGACUCAGUCCCAGGCCACAGCGCGCAGCAUCCCGCCGGAGCAGUACUCCUACAUCGCCUCCAUCCGCAGGCUGCUCCGCAACAGGGCCUUCAUCCUCCUCAUCGUCACUUACGGUCUGAACGUGGGCUGCUACUACGCCGUCGGGACGCUGCUCAACCGUAUGAUCAUCAUGCAUUACCCUGGAGAAGAGGUGAACGCCGGGAGGAUCGGCCUCACCAUCGUCAUCGCGGGGAUGGUCGGCUCGCUGAUCUGUGGGGUUUGGUUGGACAGAACUAAAACAUACAAGCAGACGACCUUCGCCGUCUACUUAAUGUCUCUGGUGGGGAUGAUCAUCUACGCUGCCACACUCAGUCUGGGACACCUCUGGGUGGUCUUCAUCACGGCUGGAGCUCUCGGGUUCUUCAUGACGGGCUACCUGCCUCUGGGCUUUGAAUUCGCAGUGGAGCUGACGUACCCGGAGUCGGAGGGAACCUCCUCUGGACUCCUCAACUGUUCGGCGCAGGUGUUUGGCAUUAUCUUCACCAUCUGCCAGGGGAAGAUCAUCGACAGCUUCGGCACGCUGGCGGGAAACAUCUUCUUGUGUGUCUUUCUUCUAAUAGGCACAAUAAUGACAGGUUUAAUCAAAUCCGAUCUACGGAGGCAACAUGCAAACCAGCGGGUCAAAGAAGCCGGACCUUCUGACUCCCGCAGCGGAAGCCUGGAUGCACCUUCUAUCAUCAAAGAAGCCCAGUUGUAGACGUAAACACUAAUGCAAAGGUUUCAGACGUGACCUCUUUCCUGUUACAGUGUGAAGUAGUGAGAGUUAGGGAGGGUUAGAUACACUGUCGUUCUAGGGAAAGUUAGCUGCACUAGGUUGUACAACUGAAUAAGCUCAUGAAAUUAACCGAUCAGAGAUAUUUUUUAUAUAUUUAAGUGUAAAUUAAGUGCUCUCACUAAAUCAGCAAGACAAAUCUGUGAAACGUUCUGCCGCUGCAAUUUUAUCUGUCAGUAUUUUUUAAAGUUGAUCAUGUGACGCAUAUGCAAAGAUAGUUAAUAAACUGACACAGUCGUAUUUACCCAGGUGAAUACAGCGUGCAUAUUUUUAGGAUUAAUCCUGGUAGAUCAUAGAAGGAUUUCUAAUCCAUGGUGGUCCACUAUAAGGGACUUUUAAAGGAAGAACAAGAAAACAUACUGAUGAGCUUUAGCUGUGUAGUUGUACUAUAUUUGUAACACCAUUCAUGUGUUUAACAUGAAAUAAAACACUUUUGUAAAGUUUCA